UUACAAGGCCCUGUCCACUCAUUAAACCCUUUGGAAAGUAACAAAACUCGCGCUGAAACCUCACCAUGGGACCCAAGAACUAAUUUAGUUAGUGUAUGUUCAUGUCUGAACCGGAGUUUUCCUGCCCACCUUUUGGCUGCUUUGGACUCUGCUUGGGAAAUUUCCUCUUUGAGGAAUCUCCAGGAAUCAUAGCUUCAUCUCAGCAAGAAAAUGCUGUGAAAGGUGAAGCUGACUGCACCAACAGGGCUAUUGGGAUAUGUAGAAAGCUUGUGGGCCACUUCUCUCACAGCUGGAGGAAAAGAGAAGCCUUGAGGGAGGCACAGAGGGAGCUCAACCUUCCACAGCAUGCCAUGGUGACAGACUGCCAAACACGAUGGGGAUCCACACAGAAAAUGAUAGCAAGAGUCCUGGAACAACAACAUGCUUUGACCAAGGUUCUCUCUACAGACCGCAAAACGCGACAGCGACUGCCCUCAUUACAAGACCUGGACGUCCUGGAAUCUUUAAACAAGGCUCUAAGCCCACUCCAAGACUUCACAGAUGCUUUGUCAGCUGAACAAUACGUAAGCAUAUCAUACCUGAAACCUGUUCUCCAUCUUCUGAACACCUCAGUACUGGCUGAAGAGGCAGAGAACAGUGACCUGACCAAAUCACUGAAAGCAAAAAUCCUGAGCUACCUCAAUGAAAAAUAUCAAGCAACACAGGACCUGCUGAACAUCACAACAUUCCUUGACCCCAGGUUCCGAACAAAAUACGCGAGUACAGAAGAAACGAAGACCACGAAGGAACGAGUGAUUUCUGAGGUGAUGGCAAUUCAGCAUCAGCCUGAAGCGCAGCGCACCAUAGCAAUGGAGGAGGAUAGCUUGGAUGUGGACAAUCCACCUGCAGCUAAAGCCAAGAAGAAAACUUUAGCCAGUUUCUUUCAGAACAGCCCACACACGCCAACAACAGCAUCAGUAUCAUCAACCACCUUUGAUCCCAUGGCACAGUGUAGUGAAGCAGUGGCUAGUGAACUCACUACAUACACUUACAUGCUCUGUGUUGGCCAUGAGGAAGAUCCGUUGAAAUGAUGGAAAGUGCCACAAAAUGAAUUUCCCUUUGCUGUCCAGACUAGCUCAGAAAUAUCUAUGCAUACAAGCAACAAGCUCUGUGUCAGAAAGAGCUUUUAGGAUGAGCGGUAAUGUUGUAUCAGCCCAUCGAUCCUGUCUGAAACCAGACAAGGUGGAAAUGUUGGGUGUUUUUGUCAAAGAACCUCUGAAAUGGUGUUAGCUGGAACCUUUUAGAAAGAGCAUAUGGAAGUACAAUUUGAUAAUAAGAAAGUACAGUGGUAACAUUUUUAUUGGUUUGGGUGUGAUUGACUGAACUACCCAAAGUGUCCAUUUUGUUUUAUAUCCAGUGUAAUUUUUAGAGGAAGUUGUAGUAGACUGCAAAGUAUACCCCAUUUUAGAAGUUGAUUUUUAUAUUAAACCCCUCUCAAAUGUCCUUUUUUGAGCAUGCAAAAUGUCUUAUUUAAUGAAUAUUUUGUAUUCUCUUAUUUGUUGUUGAAGUUGUACUCAAUGUUAAGAGAUAUGCCUCCAGAAAGGCCUUCAAGUUGUAAAAAAGUGCCACAGCCUUUGCACUUUAAAGGACUGCCUUUGUUAUAUUGAGAGACGGGCACUGCUUCUGUUUGCACUUUAAAGAAACUCCUUUGUUUGUUUACUGCACUUUUUUUUAAAAUUAAAUAACAAUACUUUAAAGGUUUACCAAAAUGCGUACAGGAAAGCUGUUUACUGCCUCUGCACGUUGCAGAAAUGCCUUUAUUCUUUUUUACAGUGCUGUACAAUCUUUUUCGUUUUUGUAUUAAAUACUACUUAAACAGUUAAAGUUUACAAAAUGCCUGCAGAAAAGCCUUUAAGUUUACAAUAAUGUCACUAUUUGCACUUUGCCGAAAUACCUUUAUUUUCAAAAAAGAAAGAACUUCUAUUUAUUUGAAAAUAUUAUUUGGAGAACAGUACUGUAAAAAAUUACGGUUUUGUAAUUUUAUGCUGCUAAAUAUUUGUAUGUUCCGGUUGGGAAAUAAA